AUGGAGCUAGGGAUGAUCGUGGACGGAUCUUCAGAAUGCAGCGAGAGACGUCGCAUUUAUAGGCCAUUUUUUGGGGUUGGGGUGGAUGGAUCCAACUCCAACCCGUGGAGGCUAUGCAGCGUCCAAAAAGUGGAAGAAACCAAAUGCCUAUUCAAAAUCAUCCCGAUUUGGGCUUCCGGGAUUAUCUGUUUUACCGCCAUUGUACAACAGAGCACAUUCAUCUUGUCUCAAGCCUUGACAAUAGACCGCCACCUCGAUCCCAACUUUCAGAUCCCGAGCGGGUCGCUCGGGGUCAUCUCGAUGAUCACGGUGGCGCUAUGGAUCCCCGUGUACGACCAGGUGGUGGUGCCGUCCGUGAGGAAGGUCACCAAGGUGGAAGGUGGCAUCACCUUGCUCCAGAGGAUGGGGAUCGGGCUCGUGUUCUCCAUCCUCUCGAUGGUAGUGUCCGACGUGGUCGAGCGGAUGAGAAGGGCCUCUGCCCUAGCUCACGCUGGACCAGGCGGUACCACUACCCUAACGGUCUUCUGGCUGGCCCCGCAGCUGAUGCUGAUGGGGUUCGCCGAGGCAUUCAAUAUCAUUGGACAGAUUGAGUUUUAUAAUAAAGAAUUCCCGGAAAAUAUGACUAGUUUGGCAAACUCGUUGUUCUCGUGCACAAUGGCGGGGGCGAGCUAUAUAAGUGCGGCGUUGGUGAACAUCGUGCACCACACAACUGCCACGCGCGCCCAUCCCGAUUGGUUGACCAAAGAUAUUAACCAGGGAAGGCUCGAGAACUUGUAUUUCUUGAUCGCCGGCUUGGGCGUCUUGAAUUUCGAAUACUUUAUUUGGGCGGCGCGUGGAUAUCAGUACAAGACCAAGAUCAGAAUUGAUGAUGAGCAUGUUGAGCUUGUUGACAAAGAAAAUCAAAAAUCACUAGUAUGAUUGAUUGAUUUUUCAAUCUUUUUAGUAUUAUGUGACAUGCUGCAUUGCAACUAGUAGUAGUAGUAGUACAACCCUCGACGCAAGUUGUUGCUGCAGUAGCCUAAUAUAUGUGUUAGUUUUGGCAUUUUCUAA